CUUGUGUUGUAAAUCAAUUCCUGAACUUUGAACACAAUCUAUAAAAUUUAUUGUAUAGGUAACACAGAGAAAUGUUCAUGCAACUUUAACUUUGGCAAGUGCAUUCUUCAUGCCAUCCAGGAAGAUGAGGACUGCUUUUUACUAAGAGAAAAACAUUAUUUUGAUGCCAUUUUUUAAGAAAACACUAAGUUGCAAUGAAAAACGCAGUCAACAUGAAAUAUGAAAGAGAACAAAGCAAGAUGGAUGAAGAUUCACAGCAUACCCUAAUUCAUCUGGAAAGAAAAGCUACUAACAGAGUUAGCCUGUGUAAGACUGUAAAAGCCAAAGUUAAAAAGCAAUGCACCUGCAAUAGCAAGCAACUCAAAAAAACAUUCAUUGGCUUUUUCCCAGUGUUACGCUGGCUCCCAAAGUAUGACUUCAAAGAAAAUACAUGGGGUGAUGUGAUGUCGGGACUUAUCAUUGGUAUCAUAUUGGUGCCCCAAGCUAUAGCAUAUUCUCUUCUGGCUGGGUUGAAACCCAUUUACAGCUUGUACACAUCUUUUUUUGCUAAUAUUAUUUAUUUCUUAAUGGGGACCUCCCGACACGUAUCAGUGGGCAUUUUCAGCUUAAUAAGUUUGAUGGUUGGCCAGGUUGUUGAUCGAGAAGUACAGCUGGCAGGUUUUGACCUAGAUGAUGAUGCAGUUCCUCAAAUAAAUAACUUCAACAUGAGUGACUUAAACAUUACAAGAUCCAUAAACAUUAGUAUGGGCCUGAUGGACAUUGAGUGUGGAAAAGAAUGUUAUGCAAUCAGCGUUGCAGCUAUACUGACAUUCACGGCUGGUAUUUAUCAGGUCAUUAUGGGGAGUUUUCGCUUGGGUUUCCUCUCUAUGUAUCUAUCAGAGCCAAUGUUGGAUGGAUUUGCAACUGGAGCUUCCCUGACAAUAUUAACUGCCCAAGUGAAAUACCUUCUUGGAAUAAAAAUCCCACGUAGUCCAGGCAUUGGCAUGCUGGUGACAACUUGGUAUAACAUAUUUGCAAAUAUUCACCACAGCAACUAUUGUGAUAUUAUUACAAGUGCCAUUUGUAUUGCUGUUCUGGUUGCAGCUAAAGAAAUAGGAGAUCGAUACAAAGAAAAAAUUAAAAUUCCACUUCCAACAGAAUUAGUGGUAAUUGUAGUGGCUACUGUGGUAUCACAUUACUGCAAUCUGAAGGAAGUUUAUGGAUCUGCUGUCUCUGGUGUAAUCCCAACUGGAUUUAUACCCCCACAAGUUCCAAAUUUUAGCCUUUUUGGCAAAAUAGCAGUAGAUGCAAUACCCCUUGCAGUUAUCAGUUUUGCCUUUACCAUCUCUUUGUCAGAAAUGUUUGCAAAAAAAUAUGCAUAUACAGUGGAAGCAAACCAGGAGAUGUUUGCCAUUGGUUUCUGUAAUAUAAUCCCAUCAUUUUUCCACUGUUUUGCCACGAGUGCAGCUCUAGCAAAAACUCUAGUGAAAACUUCCACUGGGUGCAUGACACAAGUAUCUAGCGUUAUUAGUGCAAUUGUGGUACUGCUAGUUCUUCUUUUCUUUGCACCUCUGUUUUAUUCACUGCAGAAAUGUGUCUUAGCCUGUAUAAUAAUUGUUAGUUUACGAGGCGCUCUAAGGAAAUUCAGAGAUCUGCCAACUCUGUGGCGCCUAAAUAAAAUAGAUGCAGUGGUCUGGUGUGUGACGGUGGCUGCUGCAGCUCUGGUCAGUACAGAAGUAGGCCUCAUGGUAGGAGUGAUUUUUUCAAUGUUGUGUCUAAUUUUACGCUCUCAGUUGCCUUACACCACCAUGCUUAAUCAAAUUGAAGACACUGUGUUUUAUGAAGAUUGCCAAAAAUAUGACAACCUUCUUCCAAUUCCCAAAGUAAAAAUAUUCCGAUUCAACUCACCCCUCCAUUACGCAAAUAAAGGAUAUUUUUUAAAGGCUCUGUUCAAAAUGGCUGCUAUGGAUCCAGGCCUAGUUAAUGCACAGCGCAAAAAAAUGGAAAAGAAAGCUAAAAAUCAGGGAAAACGGAAACAAGUAGAUGCCGCAAACAACCUUGGUUAUGGUGAAACCCAAAUAGAACUUGUUGAAAAGCGUAACGAUUUGCAAACCAUUAUUCUUGAUUGUUCUUGUAUUGCAUUUUUGGACAUAACUGGCAUGAAUGUAUUAAAGGGUUUGUUAAAAGACUACAAGGAAGUGCAAGUCAGUGUGCUAUUGGCUUGCUGCAGCACAUCUGUAAUUGACUCUCUUAUUAGGGGGGGUUAUUUCGGCAAAGAGAAUUCAGACAUUCACAAACUGCUUUUUUACACUGUCCAUGAUGCUGUACAGUUUGCAAGAGCACAAACUAUUUCUGCCACUGACUCCACUGUGUAAAUGAUGAUAAAAAUUCACAGGCUUUCAAAAGCAUUCUGAAGUAUAUAUUACAUUGCAUUUAUCUGGUAGUUCCUGAUUGUAGAGGUGUUAACUAUUAUGUUUUCUUCAGGACACUGAAUUUGACAGUAUCACUCUAAGACACUUAGUGAAAGUGCAAACCACCUAUUUUAUAUAGUGGUAUACCACACAGCCUGUAAUCUAAUACUGCUGCUGGAGAUCUUGUCAAGUGACAGAGUUGGCUAUGACUACAGUAAAUAUUGCUGUAUUAAUGUAAGAAAGAUAAAAUGAUUGUGUUAUCCUGAGGCACCAUAAGACAGGCACUCUGCCCAGCUUUAAUCCCAUGUCUCCACCAUGUCACUUGCCCAAUCAAGUGCCUGCAGGGGUUGUCAGCUCCCCCCUUCAUAGUCUUCAUAGCUUAUUUCUCCUAUGGAAGCAACCAAGUUAUUUUUAUUAAUAAUAUAAUCUAAAAAGUGCCAACAUAUUCAAUGGCUGAAUAGAGCUGUUGUGAACUUUUGGAUUAUAGUAGAUUCAGGAAGAUGUAAUUGCAUACCUUUAUUUUCCCCACUACUUUGCUAAUUUUCAUCCCACCCAGUUAGAAGAAUUUUCUGGAGAGAACAGUGUGCUGACUAGUGCUAUAAGUAUCAGUCUGUAGCCGUAUACCUAUAACAAGCAUAAAUAAUUAUGUAUCAAAUGGUGAAAUGUGGGAAAAACGCUUUAAACUGAUUUUCAUUCCAAUGGAAUUGCAUGUAAAAUGAUACACGCCCUUCAAUGUCUUUUGUUGGAACAAUGUUUAUGGCAAAAAACCCACUCACACUUACACCAAGAUCUAUCAAAAAAA